GGAGUGGCAGCUCGUCGGACGUAUCGAGGGAUCACUGCAACAAGACGGUGGACAUUUUCGAGGACAUCAGCUCGCCGGAGGUCAGCAACCAGAACGUGGGUCGACCUCUGACCUGCUGGUACCGCUUCCGAACUUUAAAGGGAGCGCCGCGCGACUUUGUGCUGCGAUUGCGGUUCAAAAAAUUCAAAGUGGGUCAGCUGCUAAACGCCACCCACUGCGACGGCGGCUAUCUGCAGAUUGUUGAUGGCAAUGCCAAGACGGAUGUCUCGAAUCGCCGGGAGCCGGGAAUGUUCUGCGGGGAGGCGGAACAGCCGCAGACAUUCAUCAGCGAGACGAGCUACGUUAAGGUCCUCUUCCAUACGGACAACUUUACGGAUCAGACCUACUUCACAUUCGAUUCACGCGCGGAACAACAAACCGAAGUCUAUCUGCGAUAUGGCCAACAUCCGGAAUUAUAUCCAAAUCGUCGCGGCGAAGUUGUCCAAGGAUCUUAUUGCGAGAGGGAGUAUCGGGAUUGUCGCCUGCAAACCUGCUAUGUUCAAUCGCCCGCAUAUCCCGGUCUAUAUCCUCGGGCCCUGAAUUGUCGCUAUAAGUUGCACACCCGCCAGCCGUAUAUUAAAUUGUAUCUGCAGAAUGAACAAUUUGCGGUUGAUGGCCAAAGAUGUGAGAAUGUGAUGACCUGCCCGAUAAGGCCAAUUGGAUCUGGUAAUGAGCACUGUCCCUACGAUUGGCUGGCGGUCUACGAUGGCCGUGAUGAGCACUCCCCGUUAAUAGGAAAGUUCUGCGGCCUGGGAAAGUUUCCAUUCAGCAUUAUUGGCACAUCGCAGUACAUGUACGUUGAGUUUGUGACAUCGCCGGCGGGUCCGCUGCUCAAUACGGGCUUCCAUUUCAACGUUGGCAACUGGCCAGGCCACGUGGAGACGGCCGGCAUAAAGCACGGCGUCUGCGACUGGCUCUUGAGCUCCGACUCGCUAAAGGACAGCAGCGCCAGCGAGGGCAUCUUCCUCAGCAUCGCCCACUGGUAUCCGCCGAACACCUCCUGCAGCUACCACAUCAAAGGACAUGUCGGCGAAAUUGUGCGCCUCUAUUUCCCCAGUUUCCGCAUCAAUCGCAUUGAAUCGCCGAUUUUGAAGUACGAAGGCGACUGCGGAGAAUCCCUCACAAUUUACGAUUCGGAUCACGCAGAUCCUGCGAGGAUUAUUAAGACUUUUUGCGACACUUUCUCCCGACCAAUGGAGAAAGUGGAUUUCGUGAGCACCAGUCCCUCGCUGUACGUACAAUUCGACUCGAAGACGGGCAGUUAUAGUGGCAGCUCACUGUACUACUGGGCGCACUACGACUUCUUCAACAACACUCGAUUUGGAGAUCCAGUUCCGAAUACCCUUUGCGAUGAAGUGAUGUAUGCCUGGAAACAUCCUGGCGGUCGUCUGCGAUCGCCUUUGAAUUCCCUAAUUUUCAAGCGAACCGGAGGAAGUGAUGUCCGCUGUCAGUAUAAAUUCGUGACCGAUCGAAGACUAUAUGCCAGAGCUAUAAUCGAAGUGAAUGCGGUGUCCUUCAAGGAACUUCCUUAUAACAGUAAUGCCUGCACUCGAUGUCACGAGGAGCGAGUGGAUAAGCUGGUGAUUUGGGAGGAGCGAGAUAAAUACCAGAACAAUCUGGCCUGCUUUUGCGAUAAUAUCCCGCGAGCAGUGAGAGUUAUAUCGUCGGCGGAUCAGAUGAAUCUCGAGAUGAUUGUUCAGGGUCAGCAUGCUAUAACUUCCUACUUCAAGAAUCCGAACCCCCUGUUCGAAGCUACCUAUGAGUUUGCCCAUGGUCCUUUGUGUGGACCCAUUACCCUUGGACCUUCGCCAGAUGGCGAAUUGGUGUUCCCCUAUAAGAAAGCCUUGGCUAUGGUUUCGGGACCCAUGGCACCGCCAGAGCAUCAUUAUCGCCGGGAAAAGUGCAUCUGGGAACUGAAAGUGGCUGCCCAGCGAGAUUUGUGGCUCAAUUUGGAGAAGGCACGUUUUGCAGAUCGCAGCUGCGAAAGUGCCAAGAUAGAAGUUUAUUUGGCAGGACGUUUGGAACCGCGAUUUGUGGUCUGCCCGGAAAAUAUAUCACUAGCCAGGGAUUUACCUAUACUGACUACAGCGGAAUUGGGAGCCACGGGUGCUGAUCAGGAACCUCUGCCUGUGCUCAUCCAAUAUACCGGAGAUGGUCAACCGGGUCGCAAUAUCUUCCGGUUGGUUUGGACGGAACUCUUCCACCUGCCUCGCAAUCCCGAUGGCAGUUUGGCUGCCUCACUUCUCCAGGAUGGAGGCUGCGAUUUCCGAUGUCCUGGAGACACAGAAGUCUGCAUUCCAAAGCAUUUGAUCUGCAAUGGAGUAGCUAAUUGUCCAAAUGUGACGCAUACUUCGACAUUGUCGCAACUAACGCGACAUAUUGAGUGGAAUCUGGAGCAAUUGGGACUACUUCAUCAUGCUGGGGAAUACCAGCAGUUGGUUCUCCAUGAUGAAUCUCCGGAAAUUUGCCUGAGACGCGAUCUCAGUGAACUGCCAUAUGGAAAGUUGGCUUUAAUUACAUUGGGACUGUGUCUCAUGUUUGCAUUGCUUUUCGCGAUUUUAAGACGGAUGUGUAGAAGCACUUCCAAGCAGCAAGGAAGGCAUCAUCUGCAGGAGGAUUACUAAGCAUCACUAAGAGGCCAUUUUACAGUGGUUUCUUUUUUAAGAGUUUAUAAAACCAAAAAAGAGAGUAUUGUGUAGCUUUUUAAUAAUUCAUUUUUCUGAAUUACAAGCUAUUAGUUAUUGACACUACCUAUUUUUAAAGGAAAUUAAAGCUAUUGUAUUAAAAAAAAAUAAAUUACGCAAUGAAGUGUUGUUUAAAGUUAUUUCGUUUCUUUGAGUGCACUGCCAAAAAGUUACACAAGCUCUUUAAUUUUCCCUAAAUUCCCCCUUUUGUAUAACUUCAAAAUUUAAUAGAUACUUCCACAAAACUAUGUAAGUAGCUCUGCCCAGUCGAGUCUAUAACUUUCGCUCUACGUGACAUCUAACACACAUUAAUUAAAAACAAUUGUACGAUAAAAAACUAUGAAAAAAACCCUCAAACAUAUAAAUGUUUAAAAAACACACUCACACAAACCAAAAGAAAUUAAAACUGCCCUGAAUAAAUUAAUUAAAACAUGGAAAAUUGUCACGUGAUAAUUGUUGAAAUAAAAAACGGAAUACUUUAAAAGGCAUAAAGAAACUAGAUAUUAAUUAAGGUAGACAGGUAAAAUGACAAAACCAAAAUAAAGCCAAAACAAAGCAAACCUUUAAUUCAAAGUAAUAAGAAUAAUAAACAAUUGUUGGUGGUUUUAUUAGUUAUUAUAACGAUAAGUACGAAUACGUUGUACUAUUGUUGGCAAAUUGUCAAGCAAAACCAGGCGUAUAUACAUACAUAUAUACAUGCAUAUGUAUAUAAUGUACGAUAUACAAUAUAUAGGGUAUAUUUUUUGCACAUAGAAUUACCUAGACCAUAAUUGAAUAAUGAACUUCCCCCAUUAAUUCCACAAAUUGUGGCAGGUAUUUUAAAAUGAGGAAACCCAAGCGAUAAUCCCCUAAAAAAUUGUAAAUUGAAACCUUUAAAUGGUUAUAGUAUUUAAGUCUAAAUAGAAAUGAGUUCAUAAGAAUUAUGAAAGAAAUUUUGUUCAAAAAAGUGUGGUAACAAAAAUUGACCCUUGAUUACCAGCUCCCCCACAAAUAUUGUUGACAGCAAAGUCCUUGCAAAGUCUUGAAAACCCCUGAAAUUCUGCACCUUAAAGGUACAGUUGGUCCCCAACCACAAUAGUUAUGUAAAAACCCCAUGGAAAGAUAUGGCCCUAAAAUAAAUGAAAGUUAAUACCCACAAUGAAAUGGAAGAAAAAAAGAAAAUUAGGACACAUAUUUUAGUGUACGUCAGAAUUAAAUGUAUAAAUAAAAGUGCGAAAAUAAAUAA